UAUGUCGUUAUUCUCAAAUACUAACAUGAGUCAUGUCUUUACUUACAAUUCAAACAAGCUUUUUAUUGGAAACAUAAGAAGUCCUACAAUCAAUAUGAGGGCAGUUCUUUCAGUUAUUGAAACACCAAUAUCCUCAAAUACUAAUCAUUUUCAUAAAUAGAUACCAGCAACUGAUGAAGUUGAAUUUAAAUUGAAUCGUUACUUUGAUGAAGGAGCUGAUUUCAUACACAAUCAUUUGAAAUAUGGUAAUGUUUUAGUUCAUUGUUAUGCUGGCAUAUCUAGAUCUGCAUCCUUAGUCAUAGCUUAUUUAAUUAAAUAUCACAAUUAUACUACAAUAACUGCAAUUAAAUUUUUGCAGAAAUCCAGACCAAUUAUAGAACCAAAUGAUGGUAAUUAUUUCUUUUAUAAAAUUAGGUUUUAUUGCUUAACUGAAAGAAUAUGAAAAUAGAGGAAAAACAGUAAAGUCAUAUUUAACAAAGGAAUCCAAAUAAGAAACAAAGAAUGAGAUCAAACCAUUUCAUAGACCAGUCAAAUCAUUUUUAUCAUCAAGAAUGAAAACUUUAUUUUGA